ACUACACCUAUUUCCUUACGGCCUGGGGAGGAGCGGGGGAAGGCUUGAAGGGAUCAUCUACAAAGAUGAAUAUCGGCCAAACCGGCGAGACAUUCAUUAGAAUCGGGCCUCAAGGUGAUGACCGUGGCGAUGAAUGGGAUGAUGGUUGCUUUGAUGGAGUCAGAGAGAUUCUUAUAUGGCAUGGAGACAAAAUAAAUGCGAUUCAAUUUGUCGACGACCGCGACGGAACAUCAGUGUUAUCUGACAAGCAUGGAGGGAAUGGAACAAACUUCGAUCAUAUUCAACUGAAUUAUCCUUCGGAGUAUCUAACAGAGAUAAAUGGGUUUUGGGGGGAUUCCUACUACUUACCAUCUGUCAUAGAGUCCCUGAAAUUCAGCAGCAAUAGAAGAUCAUUUGGACCGUUCGGGCGCAGCGAGCCCAGUAAGAGACCAGCUAGUAUGUACGAUUCCAGGGAAAGCGCAGUUAAUCACUUCCACUUCAAAGUGAUGGAUAACAAGUUGUGUGGGUUCUUCGGGCGUUCCGAUGCCAACUAUCUCUAUGCCAUAGGCAUUCACUUCAGAGCCCUCCAAAAAACUGCCCUAAAAUUCCCAAGACCAGCUUCAGCACCUCCCAAUUCCAGUACUGUUGUUACCAAUGUCUCUACGGGCAAUCCAAAUGCUGUUCCUCGCCCUUGCGCAACCUCACCUUCCAGUUCUACUACUGGCACCUUCGCCAGCGCAGUCCCUUAAAGAUUUAAAAAGCGCUUCCGUUUGGAAUUUUGCUUUUCAUACUAGUCUUAUCCUGUGAAACUUAAGUGCUAGCGCCGUGUAUUUAACCACCUUCUCUUUUCUAUUGUGUUGCUUAAUCGUGGACGAUCAAAUAUGGACUCUUAACUUUGUUUUCACUUCUCCAGCUGUGUACUUGUACUCGGCAAAACUUUUGAGAUAUGUACCUGAGUU